AUGGAUCAUUCCAUGGAAAAGGUGCUUGGUGAGCAAUUACUUAAAGUAGUAACAGUAACUGAGGAAGAAGUUGAUCGCCAAAUUGAAAAAUAUGAUAAUUUGGAUGAAAAUGAUUUAGAAGCUAUACGACGGAAACGUUUGCAAGAAUUGAAAAAGAGACAAUUACAAAAGCAGGCAACUACUAAUGAACGGUGUAAAAUUGUUGAUAAACAUUUGAGAAAAAUUGCUCCGAAAUAUCUGGAAACUCGAUUCAUUUUUGCCAAUGCUGAAAAGUUCCCAUUUCUUACUACACGACUCAAAAUCCGUGUUAUUCCAACAAUUAUUGUAAUAAUUGAUGCGAAAACUGUUGAUUACAUACGAGGAUUCGAUGAUUUGGGUGGAAAUGAUGAAUUCAGGACCGAAACGCUUGAAUGGAGACUUUCAUGGUCCAAAGUAAUAGAAUACAACGGGCCUUCCUACUUACGAGAUUCUGGUAUGGUUGUUACAAAAGUAACCAAAGGAGUCAAGAAAAAGGUGCGCAGAAAUGUAGAUGAUGAUGAUGACGAGUGGUAG